UGGAGUCCCACCGCUUCUUGCCAUCGUUAGCCCAGAAGCAUAGCAUAGCAUAGCGCCGAGGGAAAAAGUCUGGCCUUUUGCAGCCGCAGCCGCGGGAUUAGCGCUUAAGCAAGAACCGAACCAUCCAUCCAGGCAGGCAGGGGAGCCGGUGGGAGAUGGAAGCGAGAGGAAGCAGAGCUGGGAUGCGGAUGCGGCUGCGGCUGCAGUUGCAGGUCGCUUUCGUGUCGGUACUGCUGAUGGCGACGGCGGGGACGUCGCGGGGGCAGCUGCAGGUGGGGUACUACGACACGCUGUGCCCGGCGGCGGAGAUCAUCGUGCAGGAGGAGGUCAGCAAGGCGGUGUCAGGGAGCCCUGCCGUCGCCGCCGGCCUCGUCCGCCUGCACUUCCACGACUGCUUCGUCAGGGGCUGCGACGCGUCCGUGCUGCUGGACUCGACGCCGGGCAACCAGGCGGAGAAGGACGCGCCCCCGAACACGAGCCUGCGCGGCUUCGAGGUCAUCGACAGCGCCAAGACGCGGCUGGAGCAGGCCUGCUUCGGCGUCGUCUCCUGCGCCGACGUGCUGGCGUUCGCGGCCAGGGACGCCCUCGCCCUGGUUGGUGGCAACGCGUACCAGGUGCCAGCCGGGCGAAGAGACGGCAACGUCUCGGUGGCGCAGGAGACCAACGGGAACCUGCCUCCCCCGACCGCGAACGUGAACCAGCUCAACCAGAUCUUCGGCUCCAAGGGCCUCACCCAGGCCGACAUGGUCGCCCUCUCAGGCGCGCACACGAUCGGGAAUGCGCACUGCAGCUCCUUCACCAACCGGCUCUACUCGUACGGGGCGAACGCGGGGCAGGACCCGAGCAUGGACCCCAGCUACCUGGCGGCGCUGACGCAGCAGUGCCCGCAGCAGCAGGGGAGCGCAGCCGGCGCUCAGAUGGUGGCGAUGGACCCCGUCACCCCCACCGCCUUUGACACCAACUACUACGCCAACGUCGUUGCCAACCGCGGCCUGCUCAGCUCCGACCAGGCGCUCCUCAGCGACCCGACCACCGCCGCGCAGGUCGUCGGGUACACCAACAGCCCCGACUCGUUCCAGGCCGACUUCGCCGCCGCCAUGGUCAAGAUGGGCGCCAUCGGCGUGCUCACCGGCAGCAGCGGCACCAUCCGGACCAACUGCAGGGUGGCCAACUGAUGAUCCAUCCAUCCAUCCAUCGGUGACGGUCGAUCGUGCUGGCCUGGGACUCGAUAAGUUGGGUGCGGUGAUUAAAAUGUACGUACGACGUAGAGUGGUGGUCCGAUGAUUCGAUUCUGUCCAUCUGUAGUUCUGUACGUUCUAGGUAGCUUAGAUCGUGCAUCUUUUUCUUUUUACAUUUUUACUCUUUUUAUACUUUUUUGUGGCUGUGGUAUAGCUGUAUUUAUUCUUAUAUGUAGCCAUGGAGUCGGAGAUCAACAAGUGUAUAUCUAAGGAUCGUGACGAUACUGCUCAAUAAAAAAGCUACUGCAGACAGUCGUUAACUCGCUACUAACUCUGCAUGUGUUCCAGUAUCUCAAGCGAAGUCACG